UCACAUGGCGUGGCUAGAUUCUCAUGUGUUGAAGAAGCUGGUUAGCCUCUUUUUAGCUACUCUUUUUGUCACUAUGGUAAGUUCAGAUUCUCAAUGCCGGAAUUUUGAGUCGAUCAUCAGUUUUGGCGAUUCGAUUGCCGACACCGGGAACUUGCUUAGUCUCUCGGAUCCUAACAAUCUUCCUUUGAUCGGUUUUACACCGUAUGGAGAAACCUUCUUCCACCAACCAACCGGUCGUAGCUCUGAUGGCCGUCUUAUCAUUGACUUCAUAGCUGAAUUUUUGGGGCUUCCUUAUGUGCUUCCUUACUUCGGAUCUAAAAAUGGAAACUUUCAAAAAGGAGUUAAUUUUGCAGUAGGGUCAGCAACAACAUUGGAAAGUUCUUUUCUCGAGAAGAGAGGAUACCAUCCUCCUCAUAACAUCAGUUUAGGAGUUCAGAUUAAGAUCUUCAAAGAGAGUUUACCAAAUCUAUGUGGCUUGCCAUCAGAUUGUAGAGAUAUGAUUGGAAAUGCUUUGAUUCUCAUGGGAGAGAUCGGAGGGAAUGAUUAUAAUUUCCCAUUCUUCGAGCGCAAACCCCUUAACGAGGUCAAAGAGCUCGUUCCGUUGGUGAUUAAGACUAUUUCUUCUGCAAUUACGGAGUUGAUUGGUAUGGGUGGAAGAACAUUUCUGGUGCCCGGAGAGUUCCCUAUAGGAUGCUCAGUAGCAUAUCUUACAUUAUAUGAAACAUCAAACAUGGAAGAAUAUGAUUCUUUUGGAUGUCUGAAAUGGUUAAACAAGUUUGGAGAAUACCACGAUGAGCAGCUUCAGGCAGAACUCAAGAGACUCAGGGAGCUCAACCCUCAUGUCAACAUCAUAUAUGCUGACUAUUACAAUACUUUGUUGCGCCUUAACCAAGAACCAACCAAAUACGGAUUCGUGAAUAAGCCCUUAUCCGCUUGUUGCGGUGUUGGAGGACCGUACAACUUCAACUUUAAUACAUGUUGUGGGAGUGUUGGAGUGGAAUCUUGCCUUGAUCCUUCAAAGUAUGUGUCUUGGGAUGGCGUUCACAUGACUGAGGCUGCAUAUAAAUCAAUGGCUGAUGGGUUACUCAAAGGACCAUAUGUGGAUCCUCCUUUCAAUUGGACAUGUUCUAAGAUUAAGAACAAGAAGUCCUUAGAUACACAAUCUUCUUUGAUGAGCAUAUGAUACAAUCUUUGUCCAAAAAAAUAAAACAUAUGAUACAAGCUUAGCUUGUCCGAAACAUUAACAAA